AUGAUUUCCUCGGUCAUCCUUGCGAUUGCGCUGGGUCUCCAGGCCACUGCCCUUCCUGCCCGCGAUGACCCAGCUAUCUUGCGACGCGCAUGUCCCGACUACGUUUCAUAUUCGGCGACACCACAUGGUCCUUACAGCGGCGGUCCGUUGAAGCUUCCCUUCCAGAGACCCGAUGAAGCAUGCCGAACAUUUUCCUCGCCUGCUGUUGAGAAGGUCAUUAAGGACAUCACGUCGCGUCUAGUCGACAAGGAUCUGGCGCAGCUCUUCCGCAAUGCUUUUCCCAAUACGCUGGAUACCACCAUCCGCUGGCACCAAAACGGGUCCAGCAAGGCUUCCACCCGCCGGGGCUCCAAGCAGGAUAGUGCGCAGUGGACUGGCCCGCAGACCUUCAUUGUGACCGGCGAUAUCAAUGCAGAGUGGCUGCGCGACUCGACUAACCAGCUAACGGGCUACCAACCUCUCGCGGCCCAGGACAAGCGGCUAUACUCCCUCAUACUCGGCGCAAUCAACACCCAGGCCGAGUUCGUGAUUCAAUCGCCAUACUGCAAUGCAUUCCAGCCGCCGUCGGCCAGCGGCAUCAAGCCCGCGACUAGCAGCCAGAAGGACACGGUGCAUCCGACCUACGACCCGUCGUUCGUUUUCGAAUGCAAGUACGAGCUCGACUCGUUAGCCCAUUUCCUGAUGCUAGGCACCGAGUUCCACGAAAACACCAAGUCGACCGAUUUCCUCACAGAACGCUGGUUCAAGGCCCUGAAGACGGUGCUGCGGGUCAUUGACGCGCAGUCCCAGCCCACCUUCAACACCAAGAACCAGUUCGUGCGCAACCAGUACACCUUCCAGCGGCAGACCAAGAUUAGCACCGAGACCCUCGCUCUCGAGGGCGUCGGCAACCCGCUGAACAGCGGUACGGGCCUGAUCCGCAGCGCCUUCCGGCCUAGCGACGAUGCCACCAUCCUGGGCUUCUUCAUCCCGCCCAAUGCCAUGAUGGCCGUGCAGCUGCAGAAGACCGCGAAGGUUAUUAAGACUGCCGGCGGCCAUGAUGACCUGGUUUCGGAUCUGCAGCGUCGCGGCCGCAGACUCGCCAAGGCCGUCCGCGACCACGGGAUCGUCCAGCAUGCCAAAUACGGCGACGUCUAUGCCUUCGAGGUUGACGGCUAUGGUUCACGCAUCCUCAUGGACGAUGCCAAUAUCCCCUCGCUGCUCUCUCUGCCUUACCUCGGCUUUCUCGACCGCUCCGACAAGGUCUAUCAAAACACGCGCAAGAUGAUCACCGAAAAGUCGGGGAACCCGUACUAUCUCGAAGGUCCAGCGUUCCAUGGCAUUGGCGGUCCACACAUCGGCCUCGAAAAUGCCUGGCCCAUGUCCCUGCUCAUGCAAGCCCUCACCUCAGACGACGACGCCGAGAUCCUCGAGUCAAUCAAUCUCGUCCGUAACUCUAGCCUGUUCGGUCUCGUGCACGAGUCCAUCAAUGUCACCAAUAUUAAGGACUUCACGCGCCCGUGGUUCUCGUGGGCCAAUUCAGUGUUCUCGCAAACCAUCCUCAAAGUUGCCGCCGAGAGACCUCAUUUGAUUUUUGGAAAGAAUGCGAAGCCGUAUCGGAUCGAGUGA